GACCGGCGCCCGCUGAGCGACACCUUCACCGACAGCUGGAACGACAGCACCCACUACGACAACACGGGCUUCGUGGCGGAGGAGAGCGCGGUGGAGAACCCCACCGGCAACCCCCUCCUGAGCACCAAGUCCAGGAGCACAUCCGCACACGGACGCCGGCCGCUGAUCAGGCAAGACAGGAUCGUUGGCAUCCCCCUGGAGCUGGAGCAGCCGACGCUCAGAAACACACACGAAUCUGAAGUGCCUCCUCCCAAUCCUUGGCAAAAUUGGACCAGAACCCCUAGUCCUUUUGAAGACAGGACAGCUUUUCCUUCCAAACUGGAAAGCACCCCCACCACCAGCCCUUUGCCCGAGCGGAAAGAUCAUAUCAAAGAGUCUCCUGAAAUGACUAGCACUUUCACUCCGGGAAUACCAUGGGAAUAUCACGAUUCAAACGCUAACAGAAGUCUCACAAAUGUCUUUUCCCACAUCCACUGUCGCCCAGAUCCUUCCAAAAACGUGAUUUCGAUCAGCAAGAGUACGGAACGGCUUUCUCCCAUGAUGAGGGAUUUAAAAACUAACAAAUUUAAGAAGUCGCAGAGUAUCGAUGAGAUAGACAUUGGUACCUACAAAGUGUAUAAUAUACCCUUAGAAAACUAUGCAUCUGGUAACGAUACUGUAGGAGCCCACGAGAGGGUGGACAAGCUGCUGGGCCCGGAGGACGGCAUUAAAACCCUGCCGCAGGAGCUGGUGAGCCCGAGAGCCUACCGCGGCUCCCCGCCCGUGGAGCACAUGUUCUCCUUCUCGCAGCCCUCGGUGAACGACGAGGCGGUGGCGGCCCCCUUCGCCACCCAGGGCUCUCGGCCGGGCUUCCUGAGGAGGGCGGAUUCGCUGGUCAGCUCCACCGAGAUGUCCAUGUUCAGGAGAGUCGGCGAGCCCCACGACCUGCCCCCCGGCGACAGGUAUGGCAGGGGGCCCGGUCGCUCCCAGUUCCUCAAGAGGAACGGCAGGUACGAAGACGAGCAUCCUUCCUACCAAGAAGUGAAAGCCCAGACUGGAAGCUUUCCAGUUAAAAACCUGACACAAAGGAGGCCGUUGUCUGCAAGAAGCUACAGUACAGAGAGUUACGGCACCUCCCAAACCAGGCCGGUUUCAGCGAGGCCAACAAUGGCAGCUCUGCUGGAAAAGAUUCCGUCAGACUAUAACUUGGGUAACUAUGGCGACAAGCCUUCCGAUAACAGUGAUAUAAAGACAAGGCCUACCCCUGUGAAGGGAAAUGAGAGCUGUGCUAAAAUGCCCGCUGACUGGAGACAACAGCUACUUAGACAUAUAGAAGCUAGAAGGUUAGACAGGACCGCUGCUUACAAACACAACACAGUUAGCCUUGGCAUGCUGCACUCUGGAGGGUUUUCAGCAAUGCAUGCCGGCAGAAGCAUGACUUUAAACUUGCAGCCUAAAUCUAAAUUUGAAAACCAAAUGCUUCAAGAGCUACCUCUACCGAAAACCCCAUCGCAGCAGAGCAGCAUUCUGGACAACGGGCAGGAGGAGGUGUCCGUGAGCAGCCAGUGGAACCCCUACCCGCUGGGCCGGCGGGACGUGCCCCCGGACACCGUCACGAAGAAGGCAGGUAGCCAUAUCCAGACUCUCAUGGGAUCCCAAAGCCUUCAGCACCGGAGCCGCGAGCAGCAGUACGAAGGGAACAUGAACAAAGUCACCAUCCAGCAGUUCCAGCCACCGCUGCCCAUCCAGAUUCCCUCCUCGCAGAGCUCUCGGGCACCUCAGACGGGGCGAUGCUUAAUCCAAACCAAGGGCCAGAGAAGCACAGAGGCGUACCAGGAGCAGUUUUGUGUGAGGAUAGAGAAGAAUCCUGGCCUUGGGUUUAGUAUCAGCGGUGGAAUAAGCGGACAAGGAAAUCCAUUCAAACCUUCUGAUAAGGGUAUCUUUGUUACUAGGGUUCAGCCUGACGGACCAGCAUCCAGCCUGCUCCAGCCUGGCGACAAGAUCCUCCAGGCAAACGGACACAGUUUUGUACAUAUGGAACACGAGAAGGCUGUGUUGCUCCUGAAGAGUUUCCAGAACACAGUAGACCUAGUUAUUCAACGUGAGCUUACUGUCUAACUAUUUUUUUAUCAAUAGUAAAUAUGUCUAGCCAGAUCUAAUGUUCAAACAGAUUUAUACAUAGGAAACAAAUUUUUUUGCCAAUUGCUGGACCAAUGGCAAACAGUAGUGCCAAAUGUAUAAUACUCUAUGUUAGUACCAAUCAUCUUGAAAAAAUAUAUUAACUAUAUAAAUAUAUUGUUCAUGUGG